AUGAAGCGUAUAGAUGAUACGGGUGAUCGCAAGGGGGAUGUUGUUGUGAGUUCUGAGGGUCCAGAGAUAUCAGCAUCGUAUCGAUCUCCUUUUGGUGGUCGCAGCUACUACCCUACCACCUUAUUCAAGCGUCGCUCUUCAUCGGUACCGCGAGUUGGUGGUGGUUUUUUGAAGAAGUCGUGCUCGCCGCGGGACGCAGUGGAGCCGUGCAGCAGAGAUGGGCGGAGCUCUUCCGAAGGAAGGUCUGGAGUGAGGAGCCAUAGAGAGCCCAUUUCAAAGGAUGCUCCUUUGUUAGGAAGAUACCGACAAGGCGAAACGGAGCGGGACAGGGUCUGUGGUGUGAGAAAUGCUGGUGGGAUUGCGAGUGAUGGCCGAUGCAUUUCGGGUUCCGUGACUGUUGUAUCACCAGAUCAGUUGGGAAAAGGGUCGAGAGUGGUACCAGUGCUACGUACGGGUGUGGGGUGUGUUUCAGGGGAGGGAGGUGUACCUAUGAGAGAUGAUUUCGCGGAGCAGACGGCACCAUGGAAGCAAGCAACACAAUUGAAGCGGCGUGUGGCUGUGUCAUGCCCCCCGGCAUUGGGACGCAGCGAAUUACCCGGGGAACAUAAGCGCAGAGACGUGAAAAAGACGAAGACCAGUCCAGAUACUACUGCGUCUCCGAUAUGCCCUGAUAGAUGCUGUAUUCAUGGUCGUCAGGCGAUUUUAGACUACGUUGACAUGCAGCGUGAGCUCCGUGAGUGCUAUGAUGCAUUGCAGGAGCGGAAUGCCGAGCUUGAGGUUCUGCAGACCCAGUUUAAUUUGAUUCAAAAGGAAAGGACGGUGCUGGAGUCUCGUUUUCAGAUAGAGUUACAGGAGGUGAAGGAACACUGCGCAGAAAGUGUGGCAAGGACAAGCGAGGCUCAUGUGGAGUGGCAUCAACGCGUCUUGUCUGACCAGGUGGCAUCUUCCCAGAGGGACAGAGAAAGCGUGGAAAAACUCAGGACUGAGUUGAGGCGAGAGCGUGAGGCACACGCUCACACGCAGAGUGAGUUGGAUGCGGCACAGAAGAUGUGUCUCGUUCUUAAACAGCAACUGGAGAGGCUCCAGGAUGCCCCUCGUUCGCCUGUGUCUCUGGCAGGAAAAGGCGACCUGCCUGCAGGAGGUCAUGGGGACCAGUUCUCACCGGACCGACACUCGUUAAUAUCCAUGCCCAGAACGCCAACGCCGCGUCGUAAUCCCCCGCCCGCACCCCAUCCAACAGAGAGUGAAGAAUGUAGGCUCAGGAACGAAAUCUUGUCUCUUUCUCCCGCCCGUGGGAAGCCAACCUCGCCGGUGCAUCGAACCUGCCCUGAGCGUGUAGGCGACGAGGCUUUUGUGGGAAGUGCUCCCGCGAACUCGACCAUCAACAUCAGCGAUCCUUCCAUUGCUUCGUCAGCGGUGCCUGAUUUUGACGGAUCAGGUCCCUGUUUGUUGUUGAGUGAGACCAGGCGGGGUUGUGUUAUGGAAAGAGCAGUAGUAGGGGAAGAAGAGGACUGUGAUGGGGGGACGCAGCGCGAAACGGAGGAAUGCACAGAGGGGGAUGGUCAACCACCUAGCUGUGACACACGGAGCAAUGCGCGUACCAGUCAGGGUGAACGAACGGCGCUGGUGACGGGGAUUUCAUUCUCGUCUUCUGCCCACCCGCUUUCCGGGGCAAUGCCUGGUGCUGCUCUUGCUGUGCUUCCUCCUGCGGUUCAUCCAUUUGAACACCUUGCAGGGCAGGAGGCGCUCCUGUGCAAGGAGCUUCUGCGUGCUCUCCUUGACAAGGAGAAACAACUCGCGGAACUGUCGUUGGAACGUCCAACACUGAGGGAGAAGGGCAACUUCGCUUACUCCCGCAAUGACACUUGUUAA